UGAAGUUAACAUUUUUAAUCUGUGAUGAAAUUGACGUGCUCGGGGCAAGUGUUAUCGAUUCUUCUUCACAAAUUUCCAUGUCUGUCUUUUUCCAGUUAUCGAAAUAUUUUUGUGACUCCAUGGUAAAUUAGAAGGAUAAGUGAGUUUACGUUGUUGUCUGACAGAGGCCUUGUAAGAUGCUAAGUGGCGGAGGGGUUAUGAAAGCCGUAUAGAAUGCGGUGGUAGGCAGAAGUUGGGUGUGUUGUGGAGGUCGGGAGCUCGCGAGGCGCGAUGGCGGCGGACACGGCCGUGGCGCCCACCCCCGAGGAGACCCUGGAGUCGCUGCUGCGAGAGGCGGAAGCCCUCAAACAGAAACUGGAAGAGGAGCGCCAGAAGCUCAACGAUGUUACUCUUUCUUGCGUGGCAGAGCGACUGGAGCAAAUCAACUUUCCAAAUCUAAAACUGCGGCGUGUGCUCAAGGGCCACCAGGCCAAAGUCCUGUGCUCCGACUGGUCACCAGAUAAACGGCACAUCGUUUCAUCUUCACAGGAUGGCAAGGUGAUAGUGUGGGAUGCGUUCACGGCCACCAAGGAGCUCACCAUCGCCAUGCCCAGCACCUGGGUCAUGGCCUGCGCCUACGCGCCCUCCGGCAACAUGGUGGCUGCUGGCGGGCUGGACAACAAGGUGACGGUGUUCCCGCUGGGCGGCGCGGGCGACGAGGAGCCGGCCGCGCGCAAGCGCACCGUGGCCACGCACACGUCCUACAUGUCCUGCUGCGUGUUCCCCAACACCGACCGCCAGAUCCUCACGGGCAGCGGCGACGGCACCUGCGCGCUGUGGGACGUGGAGUCCGGCCAGCUGCUGCAGAGCUUCCAGGUCGGCGCGGCACUCGCGACGCUCCGGCGGCGCCUCGCUCGGCGCGCGACUGACCGGCGCCCGACUGUUGCAGGCGCACGCGGCCGACGUGAUGUCGCUGGACCUGGCGCCGUCGGACAUGGGCGACACGUUCGUGUCGGGCGGCUGCGACCGCGCCGUGCUGGUGUGGGACCUGCGCACCGGCGCCGCCGUGCAGGCCUUCGACACGCACGACUCCGACGUCAACAGCGUGCGCUACCACCCGUCCGGCGACUCGCUGGCGUCCGGCUCCGACGACUCCUGCUGCCGCCUGUUCGACCUGCGCGCCGACCGCGAGGUGGCGCGCUACAGCAAGGAGAGCAUCAUCUUCGGCGUGAACUCGGUGGACUGGUCGGUGUCGGGGCGGCUGCUGUUCGCGGGCUACAGCGACUACACGGCGUGCGCGUGGGACGCGCUGCGGGCGGCGCGCGUGUGCGUGCUGUGCGGGCACGAGCACCGCGUGACGCGCGUGCAGCUGGCGCACGACGGCACCGCGCUGGCCACCGCCUCCUGGGACGCCACGCUGCGGAUCUGGGCGUAAACCGCCCGAGCGACAUUCCACCGCGCGGCCCCGCUCUAUGCGUCAACGAAGCGGGGAGAUUUGUAUUCGCCUCAAGUUAUUUCGGUUUCGGCUGUCAAAGGCGAGGAGUCUGGUGUGUGAGUGAAGUGUUCACACGGAAGCAUUGAAUAGUUUAACGUGCGCUACACAGUAGGUAGGUUCUCGUAUCUAUGUAUGAAUUAGCGAGGUGUGAUAUAGUAUUGCGCGAGAGAUCUGUAUUUAGUUCAUUCCGUCGUUAUUGAUAAGUAAUUUCGAGAGAGCUCGUCGUCCGGGAAGCCAGGAUUUCAAAAUAUCCGUUUAAUAUGCAGUCCUGAGAAUAAAAUCUGACACAUGAAGUAAUAGUCUAGGCAAGCCAGUAUAAUAUCGGUACAUUGACGCUGGGUAGCUCGUGUGGAGCCGUCGGGCGCCGCGCGAGCCCCGGCUCCCGGUCGGCGUGCAAGUAUGAAUGUCGUGAGCGAGGCUCUCAACACCUGUAUAGUUUUCUCUUGUAUAAAGCAAUAGCAAUAGUGUGUUUGUAUAGAAUUCUGCAUGUGUACCUACGAUAAGCUCGAAGAUUAUGUUCGAAGCCAAUAAAGUAUUCAGUAUUUUGUUAAAAAAAAAGUUUGAAAUCAAA